ACGAAUUUUUUUUUUAUAGUUUUGGUGUGUGGGGUGGUGGGGUGGUGUGGUGGUGGGUGGUGGGUGAGUUUUUUUUUUUCCACGUAAACCACGUGCUAUCUUUAGGCCACGCCCCUUCAACACAAUGCAUAGCUCCCUGUGACCAGGACAGGAUUCACCCGACGUUUCAGUAGAAAAGGCACGUGUGCUACAUGUUGGAAAAGGGGGAAAUAUGAAUUUGAAAGUGGAUAAUUAUUUUCGCGACAGGGCUUUAAAUUGGAAAUGAGCGUCGUCACACAGUAAAGGUGUUGUGCCGGGUCUUUGUCGUGACAGGAACAGGUGGACCACCCCACCGGCCCCACGUCCCCGUCCCGUGAAAUUAUUUACUCCAUCAUAUAUACAAACUGUAAUCAAAAUGCACAUGAAAAUAGAAUAACGUGUUUAACCGAACUACACAUAGAAUCUACUCACUUCCUUCCAAGAUCUCCACAAACUAUAUAUAAGCACUCAAACGUCCCAGUCAUGGUAACUGGAAGAGCUUCACGACUGCACGAGUAAGUCAUGCACAGUUCGACACGUGCUGCACAGUUAUUUUUGUCGCCCAGGCCUUGCAAAUCUGUGGAACCGGCCCAGAACAAGCGUGACGAACAGACCUAACUAAAUAGGUCGUAUGUGCGGUAACUUGCUAGCUGUGGACCAUGAGGGAAGGGAGACAGGUACGGCCUACCAGGUGUUACUUUCGGUUCCUCUGCUUUGUGCUUGGGUUCUGGUUCCUGGUGUUUCUGCAGUAUGUCAUAGUGGACGAGUGGUACCCACACACAGGGACGGACAAUCACAGACAUUUCCGUGGCGCUGUCACGAUGAAUCCACACGGUCUGCCGUCUGACCGUCACGCAAGGCUGAAACAUGGCCGUGACAAUCAUAGGUUGCAUUGGAACAAUGUCCAUGUUGGUCAUGUGCCAAAGGGAGGAAAUUCGGACAGUGACCAUCUUUUUAAAAGGUUUGGCAGGGAAGGUUUCCGUAAUGACCACCUCCCAAAGGUGAACAAAUCGGACAAUGGCCGAUAUAUAGAUAAGUUUGUCGGAGAAGGUCUCCCCAAGGCAAACCGCGAAGUGAAGGUGCUCGAGAAAGAUCGUAAGAGUGAUGCUGUCAGAAAUAUUGUGGAGUAUAUCCAGAAAGAGAUGGCAGCGCCAGAUUCUCCUGACGGAGUCUCAAACAAAACGCUAGAACUGGUGCGAGAGGACGUCAAAGACAAGAGCAGGACGUUACGAUCCCACACUGACUACAAUGCACGGGAAGAAGCUGACGUCAGGAGGAUAUUGGAUAAGAUGGCACCGCGGGCUCACAUGAAAGCCCCAGGAGAGUUUGGCAAGGCGGUGCAAGUCGACAUGGCGAGUCUGUCAAAAGAGGAGAAAUUCAAAAUGGAGUUGGGGUUUAACAGAACCGGCUUCAACUUGUACGUCAGCGAUCUCAUCUCCCUCCGUCGGCGCGUUCCAGACAUGAGGUCGGCAGGGUGCCGGGGGAUGGUGUACCCAGACGACCUGCCUGCCACCAGCAUUAUCAUCUGUUUCCACAACGAGGCUUGGUCCACUCUUAUCAGGACAGUGUUCAGCGUCCUCGACAACACACCACAACAUCUCCUACACGAAGUCAUCCUCGUAGACGAUGCCUCUGACGAACCGUCACUGGGUACCUCUCUGGAGGAGUACCUCCGCCCACUGCCCAAGGUGAAGCUGGUGAGGGCUUCCUCCAGAGUAGGCUUGAUAGGAGCCCGACUACUGGGCGUGGCCACAGCUACUGCCGACGUCCUCACCUUCCUUGACUCUCACGUGGAGUGUAUGAAAGGCUGGCUGCAGCCAAUGCUGCAUCGCAUUACGGAAGAGGAAUUCACUGUUACCUACCCCGUCAUCAACGGCAUCGACAGCAAGGACUUCAACAUCUACCAAGUAGAAGUGUACUACCACGGCCUGUUCAACUGGGUGGACCUGACGUACUUCCCCAGCCAGCUCACAUUAAGUAUGAUGAGGAAGCGGAAGUCGAUAACAGAGCCGAUCAUGUCUCCCACAAUGCCUGGCGGUAUAUUCACCAUCAGCAGACGAUACUUCGAUCUUCUCGGCGGCUACGACCCUGGUCUCAAAGUAUGGGGCGGUGAGAACAUGGAACUAUCUUUCAAGACAUGGAUGUGUAACGGAACAGUGGAGCUGCUCCCUUGCUCACACAUAGCCCACGUCUUCCGGACCACAAAUCCCAACCUGGGGAAAGAUGCCUAUAAGACCAUAUUGAACAACGCUAUGAGAGUGGCGUUCGUGUGGAUGGAUGAGUAUAAAUACCUGUUCUUCAACAACAUUGUCAAAAACCACAUUACGCCUGAGUUCGGGGACGUUUCUGGACGGGUAGCACUUCGGAAGAGGUUGCAGUGUAAAUCCUUCCAUUGGUAUAUGAAGGAAGUGGCCACCGAUCUGUAUGCACCUGUCUCGGCAGUCGCAAUCAGCAAGAUAGUGAACGUGAAGUUCAGCGACUACUGCCUGGCUCACUCUAUCUACUACCCCAAGGUGUGGUGCGGGCCCUGCGACAAAUACAUCCAGCAGCAGAUUGUUUGGUAUUUAGAGAACGGUCAGCUGUUGGCUGGCGUUCUGUGGCGGGAGAAGCCGUGGAUGUGCCUCGCGGUCAACUCAUCUCAACUGGUUAUGUCAGAAAGGUGCGACGCCAUCAAACCACGCGGGCAGUGGACCUACACACACGAAAAUACAUUAAUGAACACUUUACACAAGAAGUGUAUAGAGCUGAUCCCUGGCCAGGCCCUGGUUCUGAGCCAGUGUACCGGAGUCCCGACCCAGAAGUGGCAGAUCCAGCAACCCUCAUACAAUCUCACUCCACACCCCAAAGCGCCUUAGGCUCUCACAGCCUGUUACAGCCUGUUACAGCCAAUGGCUAAAAUCAUACAUCAUGAAAAAUGUUAAUCUGUCGCUAAAUUUACCUUUACUGAAUUACAGAAUAUCAGAGCAUUUUACGAACCGAUAUGACAUUCGCUUUCUUUGAAACCUAAGAAUUAAUUCCCAACCCCAAACCCACAUGUUCGGAUGUUCAAGUCAACUGACAGACGGACUGAAGUAUUUAUUGUUGUCAGUUGUCUAAUAUGUAACCCAGUGAAUGUUUAACACUCUAUAUAACUGCAGCAUCUAUAGAACGGUGUCAUCUACAUAAACGCUAGCUGAACAUGAUGGCGACGGUGUGGGUGUUUCCAGACGGAGUGAUCCUUCUUAUCUGAAGAAGGGCCAUACAAUGAACUAGGGUUUCAUAUUGGCUGUUUGUUAAGUGAUACUGAUAUAUUUGCACACUAGAGUUAGUAUGAACCACACAAGUUCACUGGAUCGUGUGUAUUGUGAAAAUGUUGCCGUUGUUUUUGAAUGUCUUGUUGUGUAGUGUAGUAUUACUUAGUAAAAUUAAGAAUAAAAAUGUUUUAAUACAGAAACAUG